AUCAAUAUGUCAUUUUAAUUUUACGUCUUCGUGUUUUGUAGACGACUCAAAUAAAUAUUGAAUAAAAAUUACGUUUUGUACUAAAGUAAUGAUUUAAAAUGUCACAAAACUCUCUUAUUCGUUUUAAUGAAUUAAUUGUGUAGUAUUGUGAUUAUAAUUUUGAUUGUAUAAAUCCUGUAAUAGUUAAGUAUUCAAGAUGGUUUUAGCAGAUUUAGGUCGUAAAAUAACCACUGCCUUGCAGUCUCUUAGCAGAGCUACCAUUAUUAAUGAAGAGGUUUUAAACUCUAUGCUUAAACAAAUAUGUGCUGCACUACUGGAAGCCGAUGUUAACAUUCGUUUAGUCAAGAAUCUUCGUGAGAAUGUUCGUGCUGUCAUUGAUUUUGAUGAAAUGGCUGGGGGGCUGAAUAAGCGCCGUAUGAUACAGUCUGCUGUUUUCAAGGAACUUGUGAAACUAGUGGAUCCCGGUGUAAAACCAUAUCAACCAGUCAAAGGCAAGCCCAAUGUCAUAAUGUUUGUGGGGCUUCAGGGAUCUGGUAAAACCACAACUUGUACAAAACUUGCUUAUCACUAUUUAAGAAAAAAUUGGAAAUCAUGUUUAGUCUGUGCGGACACAUUCAGAGCGGGUGCUUAUGAUCAAGUAAAACAGAAUUGUACUAAAGCCAGAAUACCUUUUUAUGGAAGUUACACAGAAGUAGAUCCCGUUGUUAUAGCAACUACUGGGGUGGAUAUGUUCAAAAAAGAAAACUUUGAAAUGAUCAUUGUGGAUACUAGUGGCCGACACAAACAGGAAGAAUCACUAUUCGAAGAGAUGUUGGCAGUUGCCAAUGCUAUUAAACCGGACAACAUCAUUUUCGUAAUGGAUGCUACAAUAGGUCAAGCUUGUGAGUCCCAAGCCAGGGCUUUUAAAGAGAAAGUGGACAUUGGUUCUGUUAUAAUUACCAAGUUAGAUGGGCAUGCAAAAGGUGGUGGUGCCCUUUCUGCUGUUGCAGCAACAGAGAGUCCUAUUAUUUUCAUUGGAACAGGAGAACAUAUAGAUGACUUGGAGCCAUUUAAGACAAAACCAUUUAUUAAUAAACUGUUGGGUAUGGGUGACAUUGAAGGACUUUUGGAUAAAGUCAAUGAACUGAAAUUAGAUGACAAUGAUGAACUAUUAGAAAAACUUAAACAUGGCCAAUUUACUCUCCGUGCUAUGUAUGAACAGUUCCAAAACAUUAUGAAGAUGGGACCUUUUUCACAAAUAAUGGGUAUGAUCCCAGGAUUUUCUCAAGACUUGAUGUCCAAGGGUAGUGAACAAGAAUCAAUGGCCAGGCUGAAGCGUCUUAUGACUAUAAUGGAUUCCAUGAAUGAAGGAGAACUAGAUCAUCGUGAUGGCGCCAAACUAUUUUCUAAACAGCCCACUCGCAUAACAAGGGUCGCCCAAGGAGCCGGUGUUACAGAGCGUGAUGUUAAAGAUUUAAUUGCACAAUACACAAAGUUUGCAGCGGUAGUUAAGAAAAUGGGUGGCAUAAAGGGAUUAUUCAAAGGUGGUGAUAUGGCGAAAAAUGUCAAUCAGACUCAAAUGGCAAAACUAAAUCAACAAAUGGCAAAAAUGAUGGAUCCACGUAUUCUACAACAAAUGGGUGGAAUGUCAGGUUUACAUAAUAUGAUGAAGCAGUUGCAACAAGGUUCGAGUGGAAUGAAUAGCUUAAUGGGUGGCAAAUGACACUGAAUUCAUCUAAUUUAGCAAUUGAUAUAUUUGUAAACCUUGAUAAUCA